AUGCUCAUCAAAGAAUAUCGUAUUCUGUUGCCGAUGACGGUCGAUGAGUACCGAAUCGCUCAGCUUUAUAUGAUUCAGAAGAAAAGUCGCCUCGAUUCGCAUGGCAAAGACAGCGGGGUCGAGAUCAUCAGCAACAAACCGUACACGAAUGGUCCCGGCGGUCACGGUCAGUACACGUUCAAAAUCUACCAUAUCGGCAGCAAAAUUCCCGCUUGGAUUCGCACCGUGCUUCCCACCAACGCGUUGGAGGCGCACGAGGAGGCGUGGAACGCGUAUCCGGUGACGAAGACGCGCUACUCGACGCCGAUGAUGGAUCGAUUCAGUCUCGAAGUCGAAACGCUCUAUUUCGACGACGACGGCCGUCAGGAGAACGUGUUCAAUCUCGACGAGUCGUCGCUUCGGAAUCGUAUCGUCGACUACAUGGAUUUUGUGAAGGAUCCGAUCGGCUCGCACGAUUAUUGCGUCGACGAGGAUCCGAAGUUGUAUCGAAGCGAGAAGACGUCGCGAGGGCCGCUCGACGACGACUGGGUCGAGCAGCAUCGCGCCAAAGGUCUGCCGAUCAUGUGCGCCUAUAAGUUGUGCAAAGUCGAAUUCCGCUAUUGGGGAAUGCAGACGCGCGCCGAGCGAUGGAUUCACAAUCUUGCGCUUCGCAACACGAUGCUACGCGCUCACCGACAAGCGUGGGCGUGGCAGGAUGAGUGGACCGGAUUGACGAUGGACGACAUUCGGAAGCUUGAAGCGGAAGCGGCGCUCCAUUUGAGCAAGGUGAUGGCAGUGACCGAUGGCGGCGAGGAAGAGGAGAAGGAUUCCGACGACGACGAGGACGCCUCAUCGGGCGACGUCUACUUCGAUUGUUGCGAUUCGCCGCCGCCGCCGACCGCCUCGAAGCCGUCGAUCAUUCGUUGGAGCUCCGAAUUGGAGCUCGAGAUUCAGGAUGAGAACUCGCCGCCGCUGACGCCGCACAACGCCAACGCCGACGCCGCCCUUCUCAUAAUGGUGUUCCACGGCGAUUUCAGUCCCGACAAUCCGGCGGACUCGAAGACGACGGACACCAACACGUUCGGCUCGACGAUCGAGACGUGCGUUCAGCGGCACUAUCCGCAAUUGAAGGGCCGUCUGAACAUCGUGAAUGUGAGCUGCGGACACGAAAUGACGCAAAUCGUCAACAAGCUCGCCACAAUUUCGCCAUCGUUUGGCGUACUCCACCCAUCGUUGUCGCUCAUGCUGCCGUCGGCCAACAAUUUGUACAACGAGGCGGUCGAGGGCACGAUUCGACGCGCCAACGACACCUACAACGCGUUCAUCGACACACAAACCGAUUUCAACGGGGAGGUGUACGUCGUCGGCGAUUGCGUUGGCGGCAUUUUUCUGUACGAAGCGUUGACGCGAAAAAACGACUCGAUUCAAUUUCUCAAGCGGUUGUCGUCGAAUCUCUCAUCGCGAAUCAUUCGCGAGCAGAAAGAGGAUAGUCCGUCGCAAUCGUUGUGCGACGUGUCGAUGAACGACGGCGCGUCGGCGGCGUCGCUUCCGCAACACCAUCAGCCGACGCCGUCGACGCCGCUUCAGAACGGUCAUUCGUCGCGUCGAUCGAUGAGAAACUAUUCGGCGCCGCCGUCGGCGUCGUACGCGCGCAAGAAGAUCUCGCUGGUGUCGGUGGAUUCGGUCAACCUCAACACGUCUCGCCUCAACUUCCAGCCAAGCACCGUCUUCCUGCUCGGCUGCCCGUUGGGCCUCACCCUAAUGCAGCGAACGUUUGAAGGAUUGGAAAUCGAGAAUCUCGACGCGAUCCAGAUGUUCAAUCUCUACUAUCCGCUGGAUCCGUGCGGUGCGCGAAUUGAGCCGGCGCUCGAUCCGCAAAUGGCGUCGAUUCCGGCGUACAACGUUCCAAAAUAUCAACGCUAUCCGCUCGGCGACGGCAAAUCGCAGCGAUUCGAGGCGUCGGCGGACAUCUCGCAAAUGUGGGGCUCGAAGCGCAUCGAUUGCCUCCUGUAUUGUCCGAACGCGAUGGUCGCGUUGCCGUCGUCGGCGUUGCCCAACAUUCUGCACGCCUCCUAUUGGGAGUCGUGCGACGUCGCCGCCUUCCUCCUUCGUCAAUUCGUGCGAAGCGAGGAGAGCGUUCUCGCGACACUCUCAUCGAGCAUGUCGCACAUACCGUUGACGAUCGAGCUGCCGCCGAUGGUGUGGAAGCGCAAACGGACGCGAUUCAAAAUCGCGAAUCUCGCGGCGAACCAUCGCGCCAACGACAUUCUCGUCGCCGUCGGAAUGGAGUUGGCGAUGACGGCGAAAUUCUGCUACGGACCAAUGGAUCUUGUCGCGUUGUCGCGCGAAUCGGUAUCGGUGUUCGUGUGUCCGCAACGCGGCGAUUGGUAUCUGCACGGUGUGUUCGAGACCGACACGCACGGUCGCCUCAACGUUCAGCUCGCCGACACGCUGCCCUGCGGCAUUCAUUCGGUCAAAAUCGUCGUCCACGGCGAUCGAUCGUAUCUCGACGCGUUCGUCGCCGUCGUGCCGCGCUCGACGAAAUGCGUCGUGUUCUCCGUCGACGGCUCGCUGACGGCGUCCGUCUCCGUCACCGGCAAAGAUCCGCGUGUGCGUCCCGGCGCCGUCGACGUCGUGCGCUAUUGGCACGAGCAGGGCUAUUUGUUGAUCUACCUCACCGCGCGGCCCGACAUGCAGCAGAAGGUGGUGUCGGCGUGGUUGGCGCAGCACAAUUUUCCGCACGCGCUUCUCUUUUUCAACAACUCGCUGUCGACGGAGCCGCUCAAGCAAAAAUCGCUUCAUCUCCGCCACAUCAUCGAGAUGGGCAUCCAGAUUCACGUGGCGUACGGCAGCAGCAAGGAUGUCUCGGUGUACACGUCGGCCGGCGUCGAUCCGGAGCACGUCGUGUCGGUGGCCGGCUCGCGGCGUCGACAUUGUAUAUACAUUGACAGCUACUCGACGCAUCUUGCCGAUCUCACGUCGGGCCAUUGUCCGCUCGGUCAGCGAAUCGAGAGCGACGGCAGCAAUUCGCUGCUGACGGCGCAUCGAAACGUCCAACGAACGUCGUCAUUCACACCGCGCGGCGGCAAAAUCGAAAACGAGAAGGAUCGUCGAUAG